UAGCUGGUUCGUCGAUGGAUGCAAAGCCGCUGCCGAAUUCCUCCCACCACGUACUGUACUCCCUUCUCCAUCACCGUCCCAUUUAACUCAUCUCCCCUUCAUUCCCUAACAGAUUAAGUUUUCCCCAAAUCACCGGGUGCCGCCAUUUCCACCACCGGUUUUAACAAUGCCUAAAUUCCAUGUCCAAUUCAAGAACUCCCUUCCCGACUGCCAAGCUCACCUCCCUUUUCCCUCUAAAUCUAAUUUACCCAGCCCUGGUGGUCUAUUCAUCGACCCCUGUUUUCCCUCUUCCCUUCUCGAUUUCGUUUCCCCCUUUAAAGAUUUUUCCUCUUCCAGAAAAAUGGCUUGCGUUUCUCGUAGGCAAAAGCCUGGGGCGGUUGACGUUAAGGACGUGUUUUUUUUGUCCGUUAGUUUGAGUAACGAUGGGCUUGUUUCGGAACACAAGGAAUUUCAACUACAAAAUGAACUAAAGAAGAACAACGACGGGGUUGUGGCUGAAACCAAACGGAAUUUUAGGGUAACGCAACGUGGCGCAGUCAAUACUACAAAUCAUUUGUGGGCUGGAGCCAUCGCAGCCAUGGUUUCCAGAACAUUUGUUGCUCCAUUAGAGAGAUUAAAGCUGGAAUAUAUAGUUCGCGGUGAACAAAGGAAUAUAUUUGAGCUUGUUAAGAAGAUUGCUUUGACUCAAGGGUUACUUGGAUUUUGGAAAGGGAACUUAAUUAAUGUUCUUCGCACGGCUCCGUUCAAAGCUUUGAAUUUUUAUGCUUACGAUACGUAUAGGAAGCAUUUGCUUAGACUGUCUGGAAAUGAGGAGACUACAAAUUCUGAGAGAUUCAUUGCCGGUGCUGCAGCUGGCAUUACCGCUACUGUUCUCUGCUUACCACUUGAUACUAUUCGAACCAAGAUAGUGGCUCCAGGUGGAGAAGCCUUAGGCGGUGUAAUUGGUGCUUUUCACCACAUGAUCCAAACUGAGGGAUUCUUUUCUCUAUACAAAGGUCUAGUGCCCUCUAUUGCAAGCAUGGCACCUUCAGCUGCAGUAUUCUAUAGUGUGUAUGAUAUGCUGAAAUCAGCUUAUCUGCGUUCCCCGGAGGGUAGGAAAAGAAUUCAGAACAUGAGUCAAACAGGGCAGGAACUGAAUGCUUUGGAUCAGCUAGAGUUGGGACCAAUGAGGACGCUACUAUAUGGGGCUAUUGCUGGUGCUUGUGCCGAAGUUGCUACCUAUCCGUUUGAAGUUGUGAGAAGACAGUUGCAAUUGCAAGUCCACGCAAGCAAAAUGGGUGCACUGGCAACUGGUGUGAGGAUAGUUGAGCAAGGAGGAAUUUCUGCUCUCUAUGCUGGGCUAAUUCCCAGCUUGCUACAAGUCCUACCUUCUGCUUCGAUCAGUUAUUUUGUAUACGAGUUUAUGAAAAUUGUUCUCAAAGUGGAUUGAAGGGAGAAGAUGGAUCCUCUCAGUAAAAGGACUGGUAUGAUUUUGUACAUUGACCAUAAAAUGAUCAGAGCACAAAGAUUCAAAAUGGUAACAGUUGUCAAAUUAUCAUUGAUGUUCUCCGCAUAUUUUUGUACCUGACAAGGGACCAAUUGAAACCUUCAUUG